UGUCACCUUCUUCGGAACGACACAAAGGAAACAGGAAAGCAUCUCGCAUUCCUCAUCAUCUCUCGAUUCUCUCCCUCUUUCUCUAUCUUUCUUGCCAUUUCUUUGGAGCCUUGGGUUUUGUUAUUUAUUCGAUUACUUAUUUGCAGUUCUGCACUUCCUCUAUCAAAUGAACCAGUCAAUGAAUCCGGUAUUGUUUUGAGGUUUUAAAGGGUAGAUGAGUUCAGGUUUCUGAAACUCUCGUCGAUUUUUUAGCAUUUCAAGUCAAUAGAUUCGCAAUCAGUUUCUGGGUUUUGGUUGAAUCUUUAUAGAGAUUCUGGAUCCUCUUUUAUCUCUAUCUGUUGCGGUUUUCUUUCGUCUUUUUAGUAUUUUGUUGGAAUCUUUGAUAGGGAAAUCCAAUCGAUUGAAUGCAUGCGAAUGACAAGUUGGAAUGCGUUGGAAGGAAAGGGAAGGGAAACGUGAUUGAUUUAAUGGGAGAUGGGAGUGUUAGUUGUUUUGGGUUGUCGAGGAUUACGCGUUCCAGUCAUGGUUUCUGACUGAAGGAUGUCGUUUGCGAAAUUGGUUGGUUAUUCGUUUGGAAUCAAUGAGGUUGUUCCUUCAGCUGUGGAAUCGCAGGGGUUUGGGGGCGAAGAGAAGAAUAGUUUGAAGUUCAUUCGUGGUCGGUUAGGUGGUUCUAUUAUCCCGGCGAAUGAUGUGGUGAAUGGGGUUUUGCAUGGUUCUUCCCUGAACCUCGGUUUCGGUGCAGGAACUACUGGGAGAGGAAAUGGUGGUAGCCUCGACUACUCUUCGCCGCAUGGUGUGUUUUCUGGGGAUUCUGAGGGUGCUUAUGUUAAUGCCGGGAAGCCACUGAAUGACUUCGGCACUUACCAUCUUGGAACGACUAUGGCUGCUUCACGGUUUAAGGGAGAAGCUGCAAAGAGUGGGUCUGGUGCCUCACGGAAAUACCAGAAGAAAGGAAUGCGUAAGACAAGUAAAGAACAGAAAGGGGAUCCAGACUGGUUACCAAAGCAAGAGACCGGCAUUGGAUCAUCGGAUGUAAAGAAGAAGGGAAAUUCGGUUCGCAGAAGGUCGACAACAGCAAAACGUAGCCAAAAUGGAAAGACCCAAUUAGAGGAAGAUGUUGGCACAGUUGUUUCAAAGUCUGUAGUUCAAUGUUUGCCUGCACCCGAUGGCCUCAAGCAUCCUACAUUGCCUUCUGGAUGGGUGGUUAAAGCACAAGAAGGUGGUCGUGAUCCCUUAUAUAUCUCUCCAUCAGGUACUGUUUACGGGCCCCUCUCAAAAGUUCUGGAUGCCUCUUCAAAUGAUGCUUUUAACUGUAGAGAGAGGCAACGAGGAUCAUCUAGAUCAAUGGAUGAUGAUGGACUUCAUGGUAAUUUAGAUUCUUCUAUUCCUGCUUUGGGUAGAAAAAAUGGGCCACUCAUUGCACAGGUUGAUCAACAGGGGAGGACUAAACCUGAGAUAGAAUCUGUUGCAACCAGAAGCCUAGAGGAAGAACUGUUCAAUAACUCAGAAAGUUCCAAGGAAUCUUCAUCAAUCCCAGUGGAAAUGGGAUCUGAAGAAUCACAAAAUGUCAUGGCACAUUGCAUGCUAUAUAACACGGGUAGAACCUGUAGAAAAGAUCAAUCCUUGAGUACUGAAACAAAAAAGAAGAAUUUUAGCAGUAUGAUAGUGACAGAGAAUAGUGGUAAGCAUAAUAAUGAUAUGCAAAGAGAUGCCAUUGGAGUUCAAUUGUCCAAUGGAAAACAUGUACCUGUGGAUAAUGAGUCUGACAUUGAAACAAGGCUUGGUGAAGAUCUCCUAGAUUCAUCUAAAUGCGUGUUUAUUUUAAAGGGUGAUAUGCUUGUAAAGAAACUGGAGACUGAUGAAGAAAGGGAAGCAUUACUGUUGCGAGAAGAAAAGGAAUAUAAACGAGCCCCUGAGGCAGUGGUAGUGAAGGAGAAGGUAAAAUCCAGUACACAUGGUGAAUGCUUGAAUCGUGAAACCCAGGGUCUGAAUUGCUGCAGUAAGACCUUGACAAAGGAUGCUCAAGACAGAAAUGCUGGAAUUGGCCAUAAUGGGGAGUUGCAUGGAGUAAGGAGAUCCCUACGUAUUAAUGGGAGACAUGUUCCUGUACAUACCGAAUUGGACAUAGAAACACGGGAUGAUGAUUAUUUUCUAGAUUCGUUACCAUCAGAUCUACUACUAGGAAAGCAUGAGCCUGAAGAUGAAAAUGAUGAGGAAGCCUCACCAGUUCAAGAAGAAAUGAGAUACAGGGAAGUAAAUGAGGUAUUGGCAUCUUGUAUUGCAGAUGAGAAGGUGAAAGACAAAUCUUGCAGCUCCUUAGGCAUGCUAACAGUGGAUAUUCAAGUAGAGUUGCGGAAACCUGAGAAAGAAAAUGAUAAUGAAGCUUCAGUAAUGCCAGCGGAGUUGAGAUGUAAUGAGUCAAAUGAGGUGAUGUCUUCUGAUGCAUGUGAUAUCAGAAAAUCAUGCAAUCUUGUAGACAUAUCAGUGCAGGAUAUGCCAUUGGUGCAGGAAACUGAGAAAGAAAAUGCCAUGGAAGCCUUGCCAAUUCCAGGAGAAAGCAAGUGUCAAAAAGCACACAACAUUUUGGAAUCUUGUGUUGCGGAUGGGAAGGCAAAGCCCCAAACAAAAUAUGAACAUGUCAGUAAUAAUACCAAAAAGUUGGAUUCAAGUGCUUCCUGGAUAUUUAAAAAUGAUCAAGAUAGAGGCAUUGAGGUGGUUGGAGUAAGGAGGUCCAAACGUAUUAAUGGGAAACAUGUUCCUAUACAUAGUGAAUGGGAUAUAGACAUAUGGACCCUUGAUGAUCUUUUAGGUUCAACUCAAUUUGCAGUUAAUGAUGUUGCCAUAAAGGACAAGAAAAAAUCAAGGAACUCAAUUUCUGAAGUAGAUAGUGUUAAGGGUAAUUUGACUGCUGUAGAGGAUGUGUUUCAAACUGCCACAAGGAAACAUGACAACAAAAAGCCCAGAGAUCAGAAGCAGUUGAAGUGUAAUAGUACUCUGUCCAAACCUGAAAAGAUGUCAAAGAAAGUUGAUGGAAUAAAAGUUCCAGUCUCUGAGAAAUUAUCCCCGACACUGAAGAAUAACAGAGGACAGGAUCUGAUGUCUGAGAAAUAUUCUUCACCGUGUGCAAGUAAAAGGAAGGCAGUUGGGGGUGGCCAUUCAAAUUGCAAAAAGAAGAAAAAAAGGAGUGGCGGGUGUGGUCUCAUAGUGAGGAGAACUGGAAAAGGUGAUUGUAAAGAAAAUAUCUUGUCUGAAACAAGAGUUGGCAUGCUGUCUUGGAUGAUUGAUACCGGUACAGUGGCUGAAAGUGAAAAGGUGGUGUACAAAACUAAUGAUGGUAAGAGUAAUAUAACAAGAGGUUGCAUUACAAGGGGUGGAAUCUGGUGCAACUGUUGCAGAAAACAUUUCUCUUUGCUUGAGUUUGAGGCUCAUGCUGGUAGUGAUCUUCGUCAGCCGUGGAUUAACACUUUUACUGUAUCUGGGAAGUCAUUGUUGCAGUGCUUGAGAGAAGCAUGGGAGAAAGAAAAGAACCGGAGAAGAAUUGCUUACCAGACAGUUGGAGUUGGUGAUGCAGAUCCUAGUGAUGAUACCUGUGGAAUUUGUGCUGAUGGAGGACACUUGAUAUGCUGUGAUGCUUGUCCGUCAACCUUUCACCAGGAUUGCAUACUACUCAAGUCACUCCCAGAAGGCAGUUGGUACUGUCCCAUGUGUAGAUGUGCAUUCUGUAUGCUUGUUGAUCAUGAUCAAGAUAAACCCGGUCAAGCUAGGCAGUUGCUUAAUUGUAAUCAGUGUGGGUGCAAAUAUCACAGAGAAUGUACUUCAGAAAAUGUUGUUGAUAAGGACUCAAAAUUGUUUUCAUUUUGUGGAACAAAUUGCAAAAAGGUAGCUGAAAGACUAUCAAACAUGCUUGGCAUCUCAAACCCUUUAGGAGGAGGCUUCUCUUGGACUCUAUUAAAGCGUAUGAAUGAAGAUGAGGAUACCAUCUCGGGUCACAGGCUAUCUUUUAUCAUGGAAUGCAAUGUAAAACUUUCCUUGGCUCUUUCUGUACUGGAUGAAUGUUUCUCUCCUUUGGUGGACCCCAGAACAGGUUUAAAUAUGAUUUCACAAGCAGUUUACAGUUGCGGAUCAAAUUACAACCGUCUUAAUUGUGAAGGAUUUUACACCAUAAUUUUGGAGAAGGAUGAUGAAAUAGUUUCAGUGGCAACAUUAAGGCUCCAUGGUGUGCGUUUAGCAGAAAUGCCAUUCAUUGGAACACGACCUAUACAUAGACGAAAAGGCAUGUGCCGUCGCCUUCUCAGAGCCAUUGAAGAAAUGUUAUCUUCAUUACACGUCGAGAAACUGAUCAUCCCUGCAAUCUCUGACUUGCUGGAGACAUGGAUGACAUCGUUUUCCUUCAAGCCGCUAGAGUUAUCCCAUAAAGAUGAGAUUCGGAAUUUGAGCAUGAUGAUCUUUUUAGAAACAACAUUGCUGCAGAAGUCCUUAUGCAGCAUAAAAACAGAUGAUACUAAAGUAGACAAACAGGUUGACUCUGUUGGAACUUGUGAUAAAGGCAUUGAUAGGACCGGUGACUCUCACAGCACUGAUGGCCCAGUGGUUCCAUGUUUCUCUUGCCCUGAGAAUAGUCAACAUGGGCUUACUGGCUCUACCCUAAAACCACUUGAAGAUCCGAGUUCCACUGAAGAUGUUCUGCCGUGUUUCCAAGCAAAAGCUUCGAGUGGAUGUGUUUCUGAACUUUUGCCUACUCAAAGCACAUCAGUUAGAAAUCUGGAAAUGGUGCCACAGAAUCUUUGAACCCCAUCAAUCCCAUUAACAUCAGUUUCUGACACAAAUUUAGGCUCUAAGAUAAUUUCCAAACAUGUUCCUGGAGGGUUAGAAAGUAAUGAGGAGGCUAAAGGUGCUUGUGUUUAUCCAAUUUUCUGCAGCCUUCCUGUUGAUGAUAGCCUUCCUAGCAUCAGAAGCUAAGCUCUGGCUGAUGCACAAAUUUUGUUCCAUUAACUACUAAGAGGAGGCUUCUAUAAACAUUCGCAAUAGAUAGCCUCCUUAGUAGAACAUGAACGUUUGAUGGUUUAGAAAAGAAAAAUGAAAGAGAAAAUGUUGCCUCAUUAACCACUAA